GGCGAGAUUAGUCUUCGGGAUUCCCAGAUCUGUUCGUCUACUUCUUCCUCCGUUCGCUGUGUUCAUCGGAUUAUUCAAUUCGCUCGAUAGUUGCUGCAUUUCGCGAAUUGUUUAGGUUAAACGCGUCUAUGUACUCCUGUUUUCGCUCGAUUUGAGUAGCCUAUAUAUUUCGCUACGUUUCUGUUCUGAUUGAUUUGGAUUUGAAGAAAAGAUGCGAAGUGUGAGUAGAAAUUUCGGAAGUUUCAUGAAGAUUUGAGGGAUUGAGUUAGGUAUUGUAGUUGUAGAGAGAAUGCAGAGUUUAUCGAGCUCAGCUCCGACACCGGAGGCGAUAUUAGAAUGGUUACAGAAGGAAAUGGGGUAUAGGCAAUUAGGUCCGUAUAAUGGAUCGAGCAAAUCUCAUGUUCCUUCUAUUGAUGCUAUAAGGAAGAUUUGUAGAGGGAAUAUGAUACCUAUUUGGAAUUUUUUGAUAAACCGAGUGAAAUCGGAGAAGACAGUGGAGAGAAUUAGGCGGAACAUUACGGUUCAUGGAGGAAGUAGUAACGCUAGCAUUGGGAGUUCUGUGAAUCCUGGGAAGGAGGAGAGUAAGGGUAAAGGAAGACGGAAGGAAAAGACAGUGUCUGGGGAGAGUUCGAGUUAUGCAGAGGAUAGAGAGGCUGCAUUGCAGGAAAGGGAAUUAGCUGCAAAGGAAGUGGAGAGGUUGAGGAACAUAGUGAGGAGGCAAAGAAAAGAUUUGAAAGCUCGAAUGUUGGAGGUCUCUAGAGAAGAAGCAGAACGGAAGAGGAUGCUUGACGAAAGAGCAAAUUACAGACACAAGCAAGCAUUGUUGGAAGCAUAUGAUCAACAAUGCGACGAAGCAACAAGAAUAUUUGCAGAGUAUCACAAAAGGCUACAAGCCUACGUUAAUCAAGCAAAUGAUGCACAGCGGUCUGUCAAUUCGUCGAAUGAAGUGUUAAACAGCCUCAGUGCUAACAGUGAGAGGGAAGCUGUUUAUUCCACUGUCAAAGGAACUAAGUCUGCGGAUGAUGUUAUUCUCAUGGAAACAACCCGAGAACGAAAUAUCAGGAUAGUUUGUGAUUUACUUGCAUCACGCAUGAUUGAAAGAAUCCGUAACUCCUUCCCUGCAUACGAAGGAAAUGGAAUUUGUUCACAUCCUGAGCUGGAAACAGCCAAGCUGGGUUUUGAAUAUGAUGGAGAAAUAACUGAUGAGAUGAAAACUGUUAUAGUAAAUUCCCUGAGGGGUCCUCCUCUGCUGCUUCAGGCUAUUGCUGCAUACACUUUACGCAUUAAGACCCUGAUAUCCAGAGAGAUGGAGAAGAUUGAUGUCAGAGCGGAUGCUGAAAUGUUAAGGUAUAAGUUUGAGAACAACCGGGUAACAGACAAUUCUUCUUCUGAUGUGAGCUCGCCUUUGAGUUAUCAGUUUAAUGGUAAUGGGAAGAUAGGCACAGAUACUCAUUUCCAGGGAUCUAACAACCAGCUCCUUGAACGGCAGAAAGCGCAUGUUCAACAAUUUUUGGCUACUGAAGAUGCACUAAACAAAGCGGCUGAAGCUCGUGAUUUAUGCCAAAAAUUUAUUAACCGUUUGCAUGGAAGUGCUGAUGCAGCUACACAUUCGUUUGCUGGAGGCACAACACAGAAUGGUAGCAAUCUUAGGCAAUUUGAGUUGGAUGUAUGGGGAAAGGAAAGAGAAGCUGCUGGUUUGAGGGCUAGCUUAAACACAUUGUUAUCUGAAAUACAACGGCUGAAUAAAUUAUGUGCAGAAAGAAAAGAAGCUGAAGAUUCCUUGAAGAAGAAGUGGAAGAAAAUUGAGGAAUUUGAUGCUCGCAGAUCCGAACUUGAAACCAUAUAUUCAACUCUUCUCAAGGCCAACAUGGAUGCUGUUGCAUUCUGGAAUCAACAACCACUAGCUGCAAGGGAAUAUGCAUCAGCCACUGUAAUUCCAGCUAGUGAAGUUGUUGUUGACAUUUCAAACAGCGCAAAAGAUUUCAUUGAGAAAGAAGUGUCUGCUUUCUUUCAAAGUCCUGAUAACAGUCUUUAUAUGCUUCCAGCAACUCCUCAGGGACUUCUGGAGUCUAUGGGAGCUAAUGGAUCGACGGGACCUGAAGCUGUUGCAUAUGCAGAGAAGAAUGCUGCUCUAUUAACGGCAAGAGCCGGUGCAAGAGAUCCAUCAGCAAUUCCAUCUAUAUGUCGCAUUUCUGCUGCCCUUCAAUAUCCUGCAGGUCUGGAGGGUUCAGAUGCAAGUUUGGCCUCAGUGUUAGAGUCUCUUGAGUUCUGCUUAAGGGUUCGUGGUUCUGAAGCAUGUGUUUUAGAAGACUUAGCAAAGGCAAUCGAUUUGGUCCAUAUAAGACAGGAUCUAGUUGAGAGUGGCCAUUCUCUGUUAGAUCAUGCUUUCCGUGCCCAGCAAAAAUACGAAAGAACAACUAACUACUGCCUAGAUCUAGCUUCUGAACAAGAGAAUACAAUAUCGGACCAAUGGUUGCCUGAACUUAGGACUGCAGUCCAGAAUGCGCAAGCUUCCUCCGAGCACUGCAAAUACGUCAGGGGCUUGCUUGACGAAUGGUGGGAACAGCCUGCAGCUACAGUUGUGGAUUGGGUCACUGUAGAUGGUCAAAGUGUUGCAGCUUGGCAAAACCAUGUCAAACAGCUUCUUGCCUUUUACGAUAAAGAAUCAUUGCGAACUAAUUACUCUUCAGUUACUGCUACAACUCUACCUGACACUGUCCAUUGUAACAACAAUAACCACUUUUCAGUCUCAGGUGAGCUUGAUUGCAGACAAGAAAAACCAAGUUUUAGACAUGAGACAAAAGGUUAUCACAGAGAAUUUCAGGUUUUGUGUCCUUUCUCUGAGCCUCGUCCUCCUCAGCCACCUCCUGCUCCUCCAUCGAUAUUCCCUCCAAACCCGUUUCAGCCUCGUCCUCCUCAGCCACCUCCUGCUCCUCCAUCGAUAAUCCCUCCAAACCCAUUUCAGCCUCGUCCUCCUCAGCCACCUCCUGCUCCUCCAUCGAUAUUCCCUCCAAACCCAUUUCAGCCUCGUCCUCCUCAGCCUCCUGCCGCUCCUCCUCCAUCCUUAUUCCCUCCAAUAUUUCCUCAGCCUCCUCCAGCUCCAGCUUCUCCUCCUCCAUCAAUAUUCCCUCCAAACCCGUUUCAGCCUCGUCCUCCUCAGCCUCCUCCCACUCCUCCUCCAUCGAUAUUCCCUCCAAACCCAUUUCAGCCUCAUCCUCCUCUUCCCACUCCUCCUCCACCAUGGUCUCUCUUUCCUCCACUGCCACCGAUCUUUCCAGGCUUACAUCCACCACCGCCACCACCUCCUCCCCCUCCUCCACCUCCAUCGUUUUUUCCAUUUCCUCCAUUCCCGUUCUUCCCACCACCACGCAACCCUGGCCCUCCUCCUGCUUCAUCUUCUUCAGCAAACAAGCAGCCUCCUUAAUCAACAAGGAGUAUCAUAUGUACAUACCAAACAUUUAGUUGAGAGAUGAACUAUAUGUUGUAUAUGACAGUCAUAUUUACAUAAGGUUAAAGAAUAAAGAUGAGUUUUCAAC